AUGACCGACCUCUCACAUCCACCUUGCUCCAGUUACCGCGCGCGAUUGCUGAGAAAGGGCGCGACGGGCUUCUUGCAGCAUAUCCUCGUGAAUGAGAAGGAAUUAGUGUUGAAGAUAUAUGACCGCGCCGGGACAAGCUGCUUUUGGCUACCCGUCGCGGCCUGCUGCGUAGGGUUUGUUGCAGCAUUGGGGUUGAACUGGAAUUCGGUCAUGGAGAAGGAAAAGGAACGCGAUGAGGAGAAGAAGGGAAGUGGGAGCGAGAGUAAACCGAUCUCGGGGGCGCGCACGUAG